AAACCUUGGAAAAGCAAUUUCUACAUUCUACAUUCUAAUUCCUCUAAUAGCACCAACAUAGAAGCUCACAUAGAUUGUCUUUUAACCUCACCAUAUAUAUAUCAUUACUUAUUCAAAUCAAAUUUAAAGAUCACAAAGUCACAAACCUAAGCAAAAAAACACCCAAAAACCAUGGAGGAAGUCAUUUCUCUAGUCUUUCAAGGGUGCAAGUUGGCUAGAGACCUUGAAUCAAACCUACCCAAUUUCGCCAACCAACCCAACAUUCUUCUCAAGACUUGUGAAGAGAUUAUAACGAUCUUCAGCGCCGCGAGGGACCGGUUAAACGCUCACAACUACCCAUCAUCAUCAUCAACAAGCCACAUGAUGAUGUUUCGCGGCGCGGGGCAGGAGUCACAUGAGAUUGGUGCGGGGAUGCAAGAAUGGCUGAGGUACAGUUGCACACAAGCAAUGGAGAUGCUGCAUGCACAGAUUUUGGGCGGGAAUAGUGGAGUAGAACAGCGAGGAGGUCCGGGGCCGGGGUUGGAGUUUCAGGUACGUGAAGUGGCCGGAAGGGAUGGGGGAGGUGGUAUGCAAUUGAGAGGAAGUGGUGGUGAGGUUCAGGCACCGCCAAUACUGGGCGUGUCUGAAUCCGGCAGAGGUUCUUCGUCGCAGCAACGCACACGAAGAAGAAAUGAUGAGGUAGACAGAUGGACGGAAAUGGUAUCGGCGCCUCAGGUAGGAAAUAUUGAGAUUCCACCCGACGACCAUUAUACUUGGAGGAAAUAUGGCCAGAAGGAGAUUCUUGGGUCAAGAUUCCCAAGGAGUUACUACAGAUGCACACACCAAAAACUAUACCAGUGCCCGGCCAAGAAGCAAGUCCAGAGGCUGGACGUUGAUCCCUCCACAUUCGAAGUGACCUAUCGCGGCAACCACACGUGCCACAUGUCAUCCACAGCUCCGUCAAUACCUCCUCAUCCGCCGCCAUCUCUAGGGCUAACACAAGAGAUGAUGAUCCAAAGUACCACCGCUGCCCAGCCCUCACCGCCAUCUACUUCAAUCCCACUUGCAAGAUGGCUCUCCAUGGACAUCAAACCAACAGGAGAAAACACACCAAUGCAAUUAUAUGGAGACCACUUUGGGCCUAGUGGUGUAGGGACCAGCAGUGGCAUGGUUGGCAGCGGUAGCGGUGCAGGUCCCUCCACAGUCCGGUUCGGCGUCGAUUUUCAGCCGGUGGCAGAUAUGGCUGAUGUAAUGUUUAAUUCUGGUAGUAGCAGCAGCAAUAGCAUGGACCACAUAUUCUCUUCCAUGGAAGAAAAAUGGGACACAACAGAUAAGAAAAACUGAAUGCUCAACUGGUAUGGUUGAAUUAAAGCUAUGUUUAGGAGUAUCGAAAUUUGAACUAAAUUUUCUGAGAUUUCAAUUUAUAAAUUUAGUACUCUCGAACGCAACAUAACUGAAUUCAUUAGUAUGUUUUUCACUUUACUAGAAAGCCGUUCAUUAUUCUGUACCUUUUAAUUAAAUCUGUGACUUCUUGAGAGAGUAUUUAGGCCUUUUCCUGUGGCUCUAUCUGUUGGGAAACGUACAAGUUUUAAAUUUUUUU